CUAGACUGUAAACUUUUAGGUUUGGCACCAAGUUCCCUCCCAGAGAAGUGCCGCUGCCCAAAUCCUUCCAGGCAGCUAAUCAGAGGCACUUGCAGCGCCGAGGAAAGAGUCGAGCCGGUUCUGGCCAGCUCUGGGAUUUGCGAGCCUGGUGUCCGGUCGGUCUCUCCGACCGUCGAUCUGUCGGUCCGUCCGUCUGCCGAACCCUCUUGCGGAAGCCGACGCCGACCCCCAAGCUUCCUCUGGCCUAGCCAUGCCUGUACAAGGCUUCGGGAAGCUCUUGCUCCUGGCAUCUCUGCUUCUCGCUGGACUGUCGGCUGUUCCUCAGAGUUUGUCGCUAUCCCUGAGGAGCCGGUCAGGGGGUACCUGCAGACUGUCCAAGGCUGAGGCAGAGCGGCGGUGCCGGGCCCCCGGAAGGCCCUCAGGGAGCCAGCUGUGUAAUGGCAGAGGCUGGUGUGACUGCGGAGUCUGCAUCUGCCAGGUGACCGAGCCCGGCAUGUACUUUGGCUCUCUUUGCGAGUGCCAUGAAUGGGUGUGUGAGACCUAUGAUGGGGAGACCUGUGCAGGUCAUGGCAAGUGUGACUGUGGAAAGUGCAAGUGUGAUGAAGGAUGGUAUGGUGAGGCUUGUCAGUACCCAGUUAAUUGUGACCUUACAAAGAAGAAAAGCAAUCAGAUGUGUAAGAAUUCACAAGAUGUCAUCUGCUCAAAUGCCGGUACUUGCCAGUGCGGCAGGUGUAAGUGUGACAACUCGGAUGGCAACGGACUGGUAUAUGGGAAAUAUUGUGAGUGUGAUGACAGAGAAUGCAUAGAUGAGGAAACAGAAGAACGGUGUGGAGGCCAUGGAAAGUGUUACUGUGGAAACUGUUUCUGUGAGGCUGGUUGGCAUGGAGAUAAAUGUGAAUUCCAGUGUGACAUCACCCCCGGGGAGAGUAAGAGAAGAUGCACAUCUCCAGAUGGCAAAAUCUGCAGUAACAGAGGCACCUGUGUGUGCGGUGAGUGCACAUGUCACGAUGUAGAUCCGACUGGCGACUGGGGAGACAUCCAUGGAGACACCUGUGAGUGUGAUGAAAGGAACUGCAAAGCUGUCUACGACAGAUAUUCUGAUGACUUCUGUUCAGGUCACGGACAGUGUAACUGCGGAAAGUGCAAAUGCAAAGCUGGAUGGUCGGGGAAGAAGUGUGAGCAUCCCAUUUCCUGCCCGCUGACGGCAGAGGACAGUGCCAAAAGGUGCCGAGGAACCUCCAAUCUGCCUUGCUCUGGACGAGGGAAAUGCGAAUGUGGUCAAUGUACAUGUUUCCCACCAGGAGAUAGCAGAGUAUACGGCAAAACGUGUGAAUGUGAUAAUCGGCGGUGUGAGGAUCUGGACGGCACUGUCUGUGGAGGGCAUGGCACUUGUUCCUGUGGUCGAUGCGUUUGCGAGAGAGGGUGGUUUGGAAAACUCUGCCAAAAUUCAAGAAAGUGCAACCUGACAGAAGAAGAAAAUAAGAGUUUGUGUGAAUCAGCAGAUGGCAUCUUGUGUUCAGGAAAGGGUUCUUGUCACUGCGGGGCCUGCAUCUGCUCUGCCCAGGAAUGGUACAUUUCGGGAGAAUUCUGCGAAUGCGACGAUCGAGACUGCGACAGACACGAUGGUCUCAUCUGCACAGGCAAUGGUAUAUGUAACUGCGGAAACUGUGAGUGCUGGGAUGGAUGGAAUGGAAAUGCCUGUGAAAUCUGGCUUGGGGCAGAAAACCCUUAACAAUGCAUGGAAAACAUUAUGGACUGAGUUGUUCUUUUAUUGUUACAUCUUGACUUAAGGGCCAACUUUUUCUGGGCCCCAAACCUCAUAAUGACAAAGAAGAAAAGAACAAAAUUGGGUAAAGGCCCACCAUCUGGACAACGAGAAAGGGAUGAGAUGGUCUGCGGGGGUCAGAAAUGGACAGAACAAAAUAAUCAAACAGCUGGGCUUUCCUCUUCAGAGGAACUAUCGAGACAUCCACCUCAAAGCUCUUCCCUUUAGGGCCUUUGCUCUCUAUUCAUGUAAGUUGACUGGAAGUACGGUAUGGGCCCCUGAGACUGAUAUCUUAUUGAAAUUCUUCCCCCGCUUCAAACCCUCCAAAGCCUCAGUUAGGUGAUUCAGGCACAAAUUGACAUUUACUGGUCUGUUUCUCUGCAAAUAGUUAAGCCUCAGGUUCCGAACAAAUUCAUCCCAUCGGAUCCAGCCUCUCUCCCCCAACGAGCUUGUGUUUCACAUAGAACCUAACCAUAACCUUAGCUGGAUGGGCUUCCAGUUUGAGCCCGGAAAGGCAAAGAGCAGGUAAAAAUAAUGAUAUGUGGCGGUUCGGGACUAAGUUAAUUUGACUGUGGGGGUACCUCUGUAGCCACAGGGAUAUUUUGCGAUAUUUUUGAAAAAAAAAUAAAAAGAAUAUGGGUACCAGCUAUUUUGCAAUGAAUUAAGUUGCCUGCCAGAAAAUAUUUGAGAAGUAAAUGGUAAAAUAUAAUAACUAUAGGGUAUCCUUAAUUUCAGCAAUCAGCCUCUCACCUAAGAGCAUAAAUGUCUAGGGAGACAUUUAACAUAUGUAUGUCAGCGAUCUGGGAUUCAGUAUCUUUUUAAAAAUAACAGUUCCUUCUCUUUAACUUUGGAAUGUUCUCUGGGAGAAUCGCUAGUGGUUCUGAAGGCUGAAAUAUGACUUUUAAAGACAUUAGAUGCUUGUUUGAUCCACAUACGUGCUUUCCAAAGCUCCAAUUCGGAGCAGUGAACAAAUCCGCCUCUGAGGAUUUGUUUUAUGAGGUCACUUAGGAAGGACCUGAUUUUUGAAAGGAGGAGGACCAAAGAAACAGAAAAUUCAACAGCCAAAAUUUUGUCAUUAGGACCAAGGCGUUGCUUUGUGUUGAUGCCAAAGUGGAAUACUGUAACACCUCUCUGCAAUUUUGCCAAAUAAAAUUUUAGCCCCCAAAACUCUCAUUUUAAAGUAAAGAGAGUGACUCUACUGCAUUAUGGAAUAUCUACAUUAUAAAUUUGCGUGUGUGUUAGUUAAUAAAACAGAAGCGAUAUUGGAGUCUCUCUGUGUGGGCCUCAACAAGGCAAUCUAAUUCGGUACUACAUGACAAGAAGAAAAUAAUCCCGAAAAUAAACCCGCAAAAGUAUGGCAUAAUAUAGAGACUCGAUACCUGUGGCAUAGGUACAGGGGAAUAUAAACCACACAAUCUGUAAAUAUAAAUUGAUUCCACCAAUUUUACUAUACAGUACUUCAGUAGUAACAGACAGUUGAAAAUAAUUUUCACUUACUUAACAGCAAACUUAUAAUUUUGGAGGGAACAGCAUGGUGAAGUCUUAUCCUGGAAAAGAGCAAUAGAGGUAUUAGCAAGGAGCUAAAAUUUUCUUUGGCACGGUAAAAGGGGCGGGGGGCGGGGUAGGGAGAAUCGAGUCUGCCAACCUAUUUACAGGACGUUCUCAAGAUCAGUGGGUGGUGCGCUGAUAUUUUGCACAUUCUAGUUGUUACAUAAAGUUGGUUUGAUGUUUUUCAAUAUGCCUUCGUAUAAAUAUUUUAUUCAAUACAUUGCAUCUGUGUAAUACAACAAAUAAUAAUAAACACAUAAACUGUACAAUG